CACAACGGUGUCAAAAAAGUUUUUAAGUUUUGGCCAGUCUAUUUAGGAAUGUUAAAUUUUUUGUAGGAAUUUGUUCUGUUUAAGCGUCUCACAUUAAAUACAUGAAAUUGUAAGUUCAGGGCUGCUUUGUUUGUACAUUUGGAAGCCUAUACAAGAACUUGGGAAGAACUGAAGGGAAAAUGACCGUGUGUGUUGUUGCCACCGAAGACCCACGACCAUCUUCGGAGGUCCUGCAUUUCAAGGAUGUUUUGCAUCUCGAUCAUAGUGAAAUCGAUAAAAGAUGUGUUGACAUCUGGGUGCAGCUGAUUGGGGAUAUUUUGAAUCCGGCAUAUUCACCUGCUAGCCACGGCGAAGACGGUGCACUGGUCCUUCAGAAGUUGAUGUACAACUACACGCAGCUGCAUCAACUCCCGCGAUUAUUCAACAAAUUUCUGCAAGGCCUCCGGUCCGUACCUGCUUCUCCGCAUGGUGUGGAUUGUUUUUCUUUUACACUGUUUGCGGAAUUGCGAAAUGCCUUUGCCCAAGCGCCGGAAUCGCAGAUGGCUAGUGUAUGGGAUAGUUUCCUUAAGGAACUGCUGGCCUAUGUGCAACACAUGGACACUGCUCAGGAUCGGGCACUCGGCGGAAAAAUCAAGCUGCUUGCCAGGAUAUUAUGGAUUUUAUUAAAACAUUUUCGUAUAAAAAAUACCACCCGUCAGGAAACUCUGCAGACUGUGUGGAAACUGCAUACAGAGAUGCGAGACACUGUACUGGAACCUUUGCAGGGAUUGUGUGAAAAAUUACGUGAUGACGAUGUCGUUUAUACCUGCGUGGUCCUGCUACAUGCUUGGAAUGAUUUCGCUUUAAUUUUAAGUGACCGGCUCGAAAUAUCGCCCAAAAGCGCAAUAAAAUACGCGAAAAACUGCAGCAGUACUAUGAAGGAAACUACAACUUCGGAGAGACCAGAUUUGAAAUUCUGGUUACAGUCUGGCUUGAUUCAGUAUUACACCGUCUCGACGAGGCUCAAAUGGACAGCCGAUGAUUUAAGUGGCUUCUUGUGUUGGGAAGUCUUGAAUUCCGCCACACACAGUGCGGUUUGGGAUGGAAAUGUCUUCAACAUUACCGCCCAGAGUCUUCCCGUGGCUGUAUGGAACUCUAUCUGCACGCACUACGUCCACCUUCCCCAGGAGCAAACGACCGUGAAUGAUAUGGAAUUUGGGCGACAUCUCGUGCGAUACUGGUUGCACUUCCAAACUUCUCCUGCCGAAAAUACUUACACAUUGUUCACGGUGGCGGAUAAAUUCCUUGCAUCCGGAAGUGUGCGCACAAAACCCGCAUUGCGCGCAGCAUGUUUAAAGAACGUGGAAAUGAUUUUGCGCGAGUCCUUUGAUGACGCGGACUGCCAGCCAACUGGCCGCAAAGCCAAGAAAGCCAAACGGGAGGAUGCACAAGCUCGUUGUCGAUUGUAUGGCCGGUGUUUGCAGCUGUAUGUACAUCUGACGACAUCCCUCACUAUUCGUGAAGAGCUGGUGUUUUCGAUGUCUUUGUUAUGGAAAGCCAUGGAAUUCAUUCUGGAUAAUAAAUCCAACUGGUCGCAGGAUGUCCAUACCGCCGACAACGUAAUUUUUCUUGAAAGGCUGUUCAUUAACGCCAUAAUGUCCGUCCCUGCUGUGGAUGCUGGAUACUGGGAGAAUGUUCUGAUUGAUUACGCCCGGUUACGUCCAAAACUGAUCGACACAGCCAUGCGACUGGAGCAUUCCGCUGCGCUUUCUUCGUGUCUGCACCUAUCUUACGCAAUAGAUGUGCAGUUAGUUAAAAGGAUAAUAGCACAAGGAGAAGCGGAAGCAGUGGAUAGAGCAAUUAAAAGCGUGGCAAAUGUGAAGAAUGUCGAUUUGAAUUAUUUGCCGUCAGUAUUCCUGCGAGUACUAAGCCCUCGAACAAACCAGCCUCAUUACCCAGCAUUGUUUGAUAAACUAGUGCCGUCCACAGUAGAGUUCUUCGGAAAGUGCACGAAUGCGUUUUUCGUACCAGAUGGUCAGACGACGGAAGUCGAAGUUUUUUUACUUCUCCAAUGUGCAGACACUUUGCGGAUCGUGUUGACGAAUCUUUAUUCGGAGGAGUACUUGAAAUCUCGAUUCAGUAGUUUGAUUACACAGCUUGCGCCAAAUUUCACAACGAAAAGAGCGAAUAUCGCUCUGAAUUUUCUUGGACAUAGCUCGGAUCUUGUAAGAAUGGAAACUGCCGUCAAAUGGCUGUGUUUGCAUAUGGAGGGCACUCAACAUUGCUCGAUAAAGAUGGCAACUUCGGUCAUCCAGUAUUUGACCCCAUCACUAGCGGAAAUUGGUGUACACCGUCACUCUGAUUCUUCUGUGCCACUGGAUAGAGGAGAACUGGAUUCAAAUUCCUAUGAAGAGUUAUUUAAAAUUUUGCUGUCUUCUGUUGAUGAAAUGCAGUCUGCAACAGCCGAGCCGUCAGAUCAUGAUGAAGAACUUCCUUGUGUUUUUACCUUAACCGAUCAUAUGGCCCUUUUUCGGCAGAUGCGACGAUUUUCCAAGCCGGUGAAAUUUUCCCAGGUUUUACUGGAUGGUCUGUCGAUAUUUAGAAGAUCGCCACAUUCAGAAUCUACACUGCUUUGGGAGCUGACCUUCAUGCGUCUGAUUAUAUCCACUCAAUUGACUCUAGAAACGGUGAAACAAUGCACUGAACUGUAUGAAGCUAUCCUGGAGAGACUGAAUUCUGUGGUCUGCUACGUUGGCACCGACCAUCGGAUCGGCUCAGCAUUUAUGGGAGUAUUAUUUCCAUUGCUGGACAGUUCGUACGCCUUGGCUGCAUGCACGAUUGCUUUGAGUGAACCAGUAUUUCGAUUGCUGCUCAACAAAGAAUCCAGUGACGCGGACUUCACGAUGCAUUUUCAGAACUGCACGCUGAUUCUCAACGAAAUUCUCAAGCAGUCACGGCUGAUCACGACGCAGACAGUGCCGGUUCUAAUGAAAGCCAUUUCAGUAUGGCUGAUCAGCAUUCUACAACGGGCCCGUCAGGAUAGCGAUAGCGCAACGGCCCGUAAUGCCAACCGGAAACUCGUCAUGAUCCGGAACGCGAGUUUUGUUGAGAGAUUACUUGGAAAUCUGGUCCGGCAUAAGCGAAUAUUCUCCAAAUUGGUUGUUCAUUUAAUUGCCGUGUACUGUUUGGAGAUGCAGAAUGGCACACUGUAUCCAGAAGCCAAGGAGCAUAUUACGGCCGGAUUAUACCGGUUGUUGGACAUGAUCGAUCCCCAUUCCAAACAAAUGGGCAACGCUAGUAUCGGAGUGGAAUCGCGGGAAAUUUAUAAAACGCUCAUCGAAGAACAUCUAAGAUUUCACAAAUAUCGAGGUCAAGUUUAAAGAAAGUACAGUGAAAGAAUAUGAUGCGAUACGGAGUUUUUGGUUUUUUCGUUAUGUGUUGCUGAAACGGACCAGGUGAAUGAAAGCACGUCAGAUGUGAUACCGCAGUAGAAAUUAUGUUUUCUUGUUUUUGAGUAGUUAUUAUGUUAAAGUAUUAAAAAUAUUAUGAUG